CCUAUUUUAAAAUGCUUUUGUGCCAAAUAUUAAUAGUAAACAUUUCAUAAAUUGUGUUGUCUGGUGGUUAUUACACAGCAUGUACACCAUCAGUCAACUGGUCAAGUUCAUUUUGUGUAAUUUUCAUAGUUUUUAGAUCUAUCUAAUUAAGCUUCAAAAACAGUGAUUAUUGGUAAUCAAAAUGCAGCUUCCUCCUCUUGACUCCUUCAAUACCUUCUUCAAUUUUCAAAUAGCCAAAGUUAUAGCAUCAUGUGUGGUGCUCAUUUUUAUCGUAUAUCAUGGUAUCCUUCAUGCUAUUGAUGGUGGAGACUCAUGUUAUCGUCUCCUCUCCAAGGGUCGAUUUCAAGGCUCUAACAUCUGGCAACCUUAUGGCUGUAUGAUUCAUUCAUAUUCCAAUGAAGACUCACGCCGGUGCAUGCGGUAUGUGGCCUUCCUGAAGCAAGACAAUACAAUUGCUUUUGUUGGAGAUUCUCGUAUUAGACAGCUCUAUUAUUCUCUAGUUAGACAAAUAUCAGUCUCGCCACCAUCAGAGACAACCCUACCCACUGGUAGAGCUGCUUACCACGAGGACCUUCAUUAUGAAGAGCCUGACCUACGGCUCAAACUUGACUUUUACUGGCACACUAAAAUUGAUCAAUCUGUGCUGAGUAGAAUUGAUGACUGGAAGGCUGAAUCUGCUCCAUCACUAGUUGUGUUUGGGUCAGGACUUCACUACAUCCGAGACUACAACGGCUCAACAGAGGCCUUGCACGACUACACCAGCAACAUCACCCAACUUGCCGCAAAUGCCGCGUCACUGCCGGACACCAGUCACGUUCUGUGGAUGCUACAAGAACCGGUGCUACCUGAACGUCUGGAGAAACAUAAAGCACACAUAACUAACCGCCUGAUCGACCUUUACAACCGAGCAGCCAUGCAAGUGUUGUCUCCAUCCCGAGUGCACGUCUGGUCUAGUGCCAGGUUGAUCGCCCAAGGAAGUCUCUCAGAUUUUGCUGAUGGCAUGCAUGCUGGUCGCACAACAGUCACCUCAUAUAUUCAGAUCCUGCUAAACCUUUACUGCAAUAACUAUCUUAAUUUUGACGACGGCAGCUGUUGCAACACGAGAGAAGGCUUCACUACAACACAGAUAACGUCUUUUGUCGCACUGUGCACGUGUUCAGCUAUUAUGAUUUGUCUUUCUCUGAAACAAUGGCUUGCAGCUUCCCAGCAGAACGGCCAUGGAUACAUUAUUUGUCCCGACACUCAGCUUCUUUUAAACUCAUCGUACGACAGUGGUGGCUUCAGCAGUGGCAGUAGCGGUGAAGUGUCAUCCUCGGGGUCCUCAUGUUCGCCAGCACGCUCUGGCUUUACUAUAGUUGGUUCAGAAGAUGGCCGUAGGAGUGCUGGUCAUAGCAACAGCAGCAGCGACCAAGCAGCUCAGUGCUUCGAGACCGUAUCUGCGCGUGACGUGAACUACGACAACAGCUGUGGAAUCCUUGACACCGCCGAUGUGUAUCGUGACUCUGAGAAUAAUGAACAUCUCAGCUAUUCUGCUCCUAAUAAAAGUGACAUGGGAUUAUGUUGCACCAACGAUCAUAGCCUUCAGCAGCUAACACAACUGUCAGCUCCUGAACCUCCUGCCAAACACAACUCGAGUGCUCAAACCCAGCCGUCUUUACAAACCAUUCUUCGAGCCCUUGGCAAACUAGGGCUUAUCAUGGGAUAUUUCUUCCUUUGCGACCGCACUGGUUUGUUCAUGAAAGAGAACAAAUAUUUCUCUCAACUGAACUUUUGGUUCCCAAUAGGGUACAUGCUAGCACUUGGGCUGUUUUUCACCGAAGAUACUUCCCACACGCGGAUUUUGCACCGCGAUAUGACAGAUGAGUGGAAGGGUUGGAUGCAACUCGUAAUACUCGUGUAUCACAUGACUGGCAGCUCACAGAAACUUCCAAUAUACCUGCAUGUGCGUGUGCUUGUGUCGGCAUAUCUUUUCUUGACAGGUUUCGGUCACUUUAGUUAUGCUUGGAGCGGACGUGACAUGGGAGUUGUUCGUUACUGCCAAAUCAUGUUCCGGAUGAACUUCCUGACUGUAUUGCUGUGCCUUGUCAUGAACCGCCCCUACCAGUUCUACUACUUCGUUCCCCUUGUAUCGUUCUGGUACACAGUAUUGUACGUGACCUUAGCAAUACCUCCCGUGCUACUAAAACCUCGCGCUAACAACAACCACAUCGCGCCAAAUGCGCCCACUGUCAAUUAUCUCUACAGCAUCGUCAAAUUUGUUGGUUUGGCUGGCUUCGUUACACUCUUCUUCCUAUCAGAAGUUUUCUUCGAGAAGGUCUUCGUAUUGCGACCGUGGAAAGCGCUUUUUGUCACGACAGAUGACGACAUACACGAAUGGUGGUUCAGAUGGCAGCUGGACCGACACAGCAUACUGUAUGGGGCAGUGUUUGCCCUCCUUUACCGAGCAGCACAGCAGUUCGGGAUGCUGGACGAUACCAGCACGGGUAACCUGGUCACAGGGCGGCUAGCAGGGCUCCUGGCUGUGCUGGCGACAGCCUGUGUUGGUAGUUACGGGGUCCUGGCUCGAUACUGCGGCACAAAACGGGACUGCAAUCAAGUGCAUCCUUACAUUGUCUGGAUACCUAUCCUGGGCUACAUCAUCUUGAGGAAUCAAGUGGGCAUGCUACGUACAAGAUACUCGUCAUUCUUCGCAUGGUUCGGCCGCAUUUCCCUGGAACUUUUCGUGUGCCAGUACCACAUCUGGCUCGCUGCUGACACUCAUGGAGUUCUGGUGCUGGUGCCAUCGUAUCCCGUGGCCAACGUCCUCCUCACCUCCUUUAUUUUCUUGUGUGUCGCGCAGGAAAUAUUCGAGAUCACUAAUGUGCUCCUGCCGUUCUUCGUACCCAAUAACCCCUGGCGUGCUGUACGCAAUCUCUCCAUAUUCCUCUUUGUGUUGCUCGGUCUUGCGAUUCACGACGGAAUCUUUUGAUUUUUUUUAGUAUUUUGUCUGUCAACUUGUCGCAAAAUAUAAA